AUGGCGAGUGAGCGGCCACGAAUGCCGACGCAGAUUCAGAGGGAACCCCAGCUGCAGCAACGGCGCAUCUCACUGCCGUGCCUGAGCUUCAAGAGCUCUCAGGAUGAGCCUGUAAAAGACGGAGGCUACAGUGACUCCAAGGAGCUUGGAGACACUGGCGUGCGAGGACGUCUCACAGACAGCUCGAAAGUCAAACGCAGCUCUAUGGCCAGCUCCACCUCACCAACAGUGAGUCCUCCUUCGUCGUCUUCCAGAUCACGCUCGAGUUCGCCGGCCUCUUUCUGGUCGGAGUGUGAAGAGGACGAGUCCGGCCGCAGCAGAACUCCGAGUCCCUGCCUUUCCGAGGAUGGAUCGUAUAUCUAUCAGUACAGUGUGAUCAAGGUGAAGUCGGCUGAUUUCUGA